CAUUCUGGGAGAACUGCCUUUCUGAUCACGGUUGUUUUAAAUAUAGUUCACACAUGGGGGGGGGGGGGGGAGGGGGCUCCCGAAAGGGAUGUCAAAAGGCAAUCGAUAUAUAGUGGUAUUUCAUUUUUUUCACAGCUUUUGAGAUUUGAACCCAUCCUUAGGGAACAAUAGUACUCUAGCCUUCCUCAACACCAUCUAAGCUUAAGAAGUCAGCCAAGUUGAAACUGUGCUUGUUCUUAUAAUUCUGAGUGCUCCUUCAACGGGGGAGAUAUGCUCUACAGGAAAAACAUUUCCUCUUUCAAAAGGCUGAAGAAAAUGCUGAGACUCGUCGUCCUGGUUUUGGCUCAGCUGCUGUAUGGAAUCGGUAAAACAGAUUCACAAGGUGUGACCAUAAACAAUGUACAAAUAAAAUUUGACCCCAAGGAUUUAGCAGAAGCUGGAAGCUCCAUUACCCUGACUUGUUCAGCAAAUAUCAUGGUAACUUCUGGCCUAGAAAGUCAGAUUUCAUACUUUUUUUAUAAAGGAUUAAACAAAGACUUCCUGCUGCAAAACACCACGUCUGCUCAUCAAAAUUCUCAUGUUACAAUACAACCUACUCGAGCAUCGCAUACUGGAUACUAUUUUUGUGUCGUGGAAGUGGGAAAUGAAACGGCUAAGAGUGAACCCUCUUAUCUAACGGUUACAGGAGAAUUACAGACACCUCGACUUACCAUACAUCCAAUGGAGGUGAUAGCGGGAAAUCGAAUUGAGUUGCACUGUGAUGCCACUGAAGAACUUCCUCCUCUUGAAUUUAUAUUCUAUAAAUAUAAAAAUGGACAAUAUUCCCGCCUGAGAGACAUAGAAAAAACCAAUAAAAGUUUUGCAACACACUCACUUAAAGUAGCAGAAGAAACAGAUCUGGCUUAUAGCUGUACGACCCAAGGGAAAGACUCUAAGACCAGCUCAAACUACAGUGCACUAGUCAACAUAACUGUGCAAGAUCCAUUUUCACGUCAUCUGUUUACAAUUGAACCGCAAUGUGGAAUAUUUGAAGGAGAUGAAAUGACCAUUAAUUGUACUGUUCUGAUGUCAUCAUUAAUUAUAUCUGAUAUAAAACCUGAACUAACAAUUGUGAAAGGUACAAUUCCAAUAAAGACAGAGGCUCAUGGUCCUCUUGAAGCAAAACUUUCUAAAAAUGCAACUGUCAAUGAUACAGGAGUGUACCGCUGCAAUGCAAGGUGGGACCAGACGUUUGAAACUAUUGAACAACAGGUGAUUGUGGCAGUACCAGUUUCCAAACCAAUUCUAAAAUCAGCAGCCUCUCUUGGUAUUGUGGUUCAAGGUGAUCAUUUACGUCUCACGUGUGCUGUGUCGAGGGGAUCUUGGCCGAUAACUUACAAGUUUUUCAAAGGAAUACCAGGAAAACUUCUACAUCAAUUAACUGUAAAUGCUACUGAAGCAAACUAUGACAUUCCCUCAGCUAAUACUACACAGAGUGGGAAGUAUGCCUGUCACGCAUCAAACUCUGCAAGUAAAAGAAUUCGAACAGAAAGAAGUCUGUAUAUUAAUAUAACUGUAAAAGUUCCAGUUUCAAAACCAAAAAUAAAACUCGUCACUUCAAAAACCACCUACGAAAUAGGAAAACGCAUAUCCCUUCAAUGCCAGUCAACGAAUGGAACCCCUCCUAUGACUUACUUAUUAUUCUUAAACCAAAGAUUUAUCUACUCUGUCAAGACAUCUAAUAGAGAGCCUGUGGUUUUUAACGUACUCAUAAAUAAUACUGAAGAUGGUGGUGUGUACAAGUGCAAAGCUGAAAAUGAAAUUUCAAACUUGUCCAAAUACAGUGAAGGAUUCAGCGUUUUAAUAACAGUUCCUGUAUCCACACCACUGCUCUUUCCUCUGUUGAACUCCACCAAGGUGAACUUAGGAGAAACUGUGACACUGCACUGCAUAACAAGCACAGGAACUCUUCCCAUCAAUUACACACUGUAUCGGAGUCACUCACGCCUUACAGCAAUCUCUACACCAAAGGCAGGACCAGCAGUUUUUCAUGUGACAAUAACUGAACAUUCUGGGUAUACAUGUAAAGCAGAAAAUCAAAUUUCUUCACAAUGCAGUAACAGGAUAGAGUUUCAUAUUUUAAGUACCACAUCAUUCGAGUGGUUGUAUUAUACACCAAUAAUACUUCUCUUACUGUUACUGGGAACUUUAUUAGCUUUCUAUAUUAAAGAUAAAAACCAAAACAGUGAAAGGUACAUAACACAGAAACAACGUAAUCAAGGAUCUGUGAAAGAAAAUACCAUGAUCUUUUACAGUAAAGUCAGUAAAAUGACACAUCCAAGACUCAGCCAAACAGAUUCUUAUGCACUCAUAGAAGGCACAUAUGAGGAGAAGGACUACGUUAACAUCUCAGCAUCAAAAGGAACCGGAAAUGGUUCUGAGAGUGAUGGUGAGGAGAAGUACAUCAAUAUUUCAAAACAAAAUUAUGAUACCAGCGUGGACAGUUCUUGCUCCAAUGAAGAUGAGGUGGUAUAUACCCAACUUAACUUAGCAUCCCCGAAGAAUGAGAAUGCGUCACGACAAGAAGAAGGAACAGUAUAUGCCACGAUUAAUUUGAAUAAAUAGUGAUGGAGGGCCAUUGAGAUGUCAGAACUCUAGAUGAAUAAUCACAUUUUUCUAGUUGGAGAAUUCACUAAACAAAAGUAGAAAAUAGUUAUGAAAACAGAAAAUGCUGGAAACAGUCAACAGGUCAGGCAACAUUUGUGGAAACAGUGAAAACAGUUAAGAUCUGAGACCCUCUGUCAAACCUGAAACAUUAAGUUUGCUUCUCUUUCCACAGAUGCAGCCUAACCUGCUGAGUGUUUCCGGCAUUUUUAGUUAUCUCAAAUUUCUUUUUUUUUGAUUUUCAAUAGAAAAUAGCUACUCUUUUCAUUAACUGAGCUUAUGUUUUUCUUCAUUUUGUGUUAAGUAGCUGGCCAUCAUGUUAAUAUGAUGAAAAACAAAUGAUUUAUUUUUAAUAAGGAAACAAACCAGCUCGAAAAUAGUGAAAGCAGAAGUGGUUUUGUGCAUUGUUGUACAAAGGCCAUAAAGAAAGGAGUUGCUUGUUUAUGCCUGAAGUACUGUCCCUGGGUUUGUCAUGUCCUACCACUGGCAACGUGACAUAUGAUAGGAAGGGACUGAUUCUGUAGGUCUUCAUCAUUGACUCAUUAAAGUCAUGUGCUAUGUCAAUCAAGGGCAAGGAAACCUCCUGCUGAUACUGGAACACCCAACUCUCUCCCUCAACUGAAUAGGUACUCUUCAAUGUUGAACACCACUAUGAAGGAGCACCAUGGGCAGCAAGCGCACAGAAUAUAUUCUGGGUAGGGACUUCAAUGAUGUAACUGACCAAGUUGACCAGAAAGACAAUGCUGCCAGAUAGUGCUCACUGCAAAUGUUGAGAGAACCUAUCUGAGGAAAGAAUUUGACCCUGUACAGAACUUGUACAUACAAGUAAGCAACUCUUAGUGAGGGUGAAGUUCCAUCUUCACAACAAGUACAUCUUCCAUCAUCUUGCUUGCCACUAUAACUAUGUUAAACAUUUGUAGCACUCCAAAACUGGACAUUAAUUGUGUGUUGUUACCUAUUAGCAACAGCAGCAGAAUUCAUUCUGUCACAUCUCUAACCUUGUGGUGGCAUAAACCUCAUGUUUAUUGCCAUGAAAUCAGACCAUCAACUCUGGCUCAAAGGUGAGUAUAGAAGAUAUAUACUACAGGAGCAACAUCAGGCAUACUUGAAAAUGACAUACAGACCUGAUGAAACUACACAGGACUAAAAUGCACGAUUAACUGUAUAAGUAGAAGUGAAACAGGAGAGCAUGCCAAGAGCAGCAUCUGGCAUGAUCAUCUGCGGAAGUAGCAUGCAAUAGACAGAGCUGAACUAUCCUAUAAGCAACAAAUCAGAUCAAGGUUACAGACAUCUGGUGAGGAAAGGUGAUAAACAAUUAGACAAUUAUAUUUUUUAUUAAUUUUUCAUGGUAUGAGCAAUUCUGGCAUGGCCAGCAUUUAUUGUCCAUCCUGAAUUGUCCUUUAACUGAAUCGUUUGCUUGACCUUCUUAGCGAACAUUUAAGGGACAACCACAUUGUUGUGGCUGGAGACACACGUAGGUCAAACCAGAAAAGAAUGGCAAUGUUCCCUGAAGAACACUGGUGCAUCUGAUGGAUUUUUAGGGCAGUCCAGUAGUUUUUGCAGCCAUCAUUACCAAGCCUAGUUGUUUCUUAAAUUCUGGAUUAUUAACUGAAUUUAAAUUCCACGACUGCAUUUGUGGGAUUUGAAUGGGUCUCAAAAUUAUUCGUCCAGGUAUCUGGAUUAUUCAUCUGGCUAUUUAACAGCUGCACCAGCAGCAUGCCAUCAGGGGGAAAAGGCUCACUGACUACUUGCUUUCUGAGAGUGGAAAAGAUAAAGUUGAAGUGUUUGCAACCACCUUCAAUCACUGCCCAAACAUUGACAACUGAGUUCCAGAAGUCCUGAUUCAGGGUCUUGACCUGAAACACUGACCAUCCCUUUGCUUCCACAGAUGCUGCUUAACCUGCUGAUUUCUUCCAGCAGUUUCAUUUUGGUCCAAAAGUGAGCUGCUCCUGACGUCAAGACAGAAUUUGAUCAAAGGGUUUGUAGAAGGAAUCUUAGAAAUAGUAAGAAAAUUAGGAAAGUUUGUAAUAUGGUCAAUUUAAGUGACAUAUAAAUUAGAAAGGGAUGAUGGGAAAACAGGCUAAUAGUGGAGAUGGCUUAAAGGUCACUUAGGAAAAAAGAGCAAGGAAGUAUCUAGAUUGCAGAACAUAGCUGGCUGGAACAGACAUAAACAAAUGGAGGUUAGAAUACAGCUUAAGUGCAGGACAACUGAUCAUGAGAUAAGCUGAGUCACGACAGAAGAAGACCAUAAACCAGAGCACCUAAUUGCAGGGAGAAUGGGGGAUACUGCUGUCUGGCAAAGAAAGCAUUCCAUUUGUCAGGCAGUUAGAGGCAACCCUUGCAGAGAUAAAACAAAGAUCAAAUACUACAAAGAGAAGUGGGUUAUUGACGAAAUUGUGAAAUCUGCAUGUAACUAUUGUAACGCGAAUACAAUAAAUUGCUGCAAGUCUUUUAGAUCUGUGGAGUAUCUUUGAGCUCUUGCUCUAAGUGCUCCCCAGUGUACACUGUAAAAGGCCUGAAUAAACUGACUUGUUCGAGAACGUCA